AGAGCUUCCGUAUUGUCUCAGGCUCCACUGGAAAUGCAGCAAGGAUUCCUAGCACAUCCCAGUUGCCAUAGCAACAGCAGUCUUUCCCAUAAUGAGCUGCAUCAUCUGAACUGAUGUCACAGCAUCAUGCAGCAGGUCAAACAAGGCAUCUCCUAGUAUUGCAUCCUACAGAUGUGCUGUAAACAUCAAAAGAAGACGCCGGGAGCAGGAGAUGCUGUUUUGGAAAGAAGUAAGGCUUAGAUUUCUCCAUGUUAACCAUGAGCGUGACACUGUCCCCACUGAGGUCACAGGACCCGGAUCCCAUGGCGACUGAUGCCUCCCCCAUGGCCAUCAACAUGACGCCUACGGCGGAGCAGGAAGAAGGAGAGGCAGAAGAGGCCAUGAAGGACAUCGAGGCUGAGCAGCAGUAUGGAAAGCCACCCCCACUCCACACGGCAGCGGACUGGAAGAUUGUCCUACACUUGCCUGAGAUUGAGACCUGGCUCCGGAUGACCUCGGAGAGGGUCCGGGACCUGACCUACUCGGUCCAGCAGGAUGCAGACAGCAAGCACGUGGAUGUGCAUCUGGUGCAGCUAAAGGACAUUUGUGAAGAUAUUUCCGACCAUGUGGAGCAGAUCCAUGCCCUCCUUGAGACGGAGUUCUCCCUCAAGCUGCUGUCUUACUCGGUCAAUGUCAUUGUAGACAUCCACGCAGUGCAGCUGCUCUGGCACCAGCUCCGAGUAUCCGUGCUGGUCCUGCGCGAGCGCAUCCUGCAAGGUCUGCAGGAUGCCAAUGGUAACUACACCAGACAGACGGACAUUCUGCAGGCGUUCUCCGAAGAGACAGAGGAGGGCCGGCUUGAUUCUCUCACAGAAGUGGACGACUCUGGGCAGUUAACGAUCAAAUGCUCUCAGAAUUACUUGUCUCUGGACUGCGGCAUUACUGCGUUUGAACUGUCCGACUACAGUCCAAGUGAGGAUCUGCUUGGUGGCCUGGGUGACAUAACCACUAGCCAGACCAAACCCAAACCUUUUGACUCUUGGAGCUAUAGUGAGAUGGAAAAGGAGUUCCCGGAGCUCAUCCGAAGUGUUGGGUUGCUCACAGUGGCCACUGACCCUCUCCCUUCCAGCUGUGAGGCGGCCAACGAGGACUCCCCUCAAGUGUCUCUUUCAGAAGAGAGCAAAGGUGGGCAGGAGGAACACAGUGCUUCGGCAGCUGGAGAGCAGCCGGAAACAACAUCUGGGAUGCCUUCCUUAGGGGACACCCUGACAAACGCUGCUGAACACCCUUUGGAGACGGCAAAGCCAGACCCUAGCUCCUCCCCACAGCUCGGGGCAAAGCAAAACCAGCCUGCUCCUUGUGAAACUGCGACUCCCAAGAGAUCCAUCCGCGAUUGCUGUAAUUAUAACGAGGACUCUCCCACACAGCCCACAUUGCCCAAAAGAGGGCUUUUUCUGAAAGAAACCCAUGCGAGUGAGCGGAAGGGCAGUGACGGCAGGAGGCAGCUGGUGGAUCUCAAGCCAGAGCUGAGCAGAAGCACCCCUUCCCUGGUGGACGCCCCGGACAGAUCCAAGCUCUGUUUAGUGUUACAGUCUUCCUACCCCAGCAGCUCUGCGGCCAGCCAGUCCUAUGAAUGUUUGCACAAGGUGGGGAUCGGCAAUAUUGAGAGCCUAGUCAGAAGUCACAUCAAAGAGAUGUCUUCCAGUUUGGGAAGGCUUACUGACUGCCACAUAGAGAAAUGUCGGCUGAAAAAGCCCCACAAGACCUCGGCAGAGGGGCCUCUGUGCCGAACACCUAAACGAGGGACUGGUUCGGGAAAGCAAGCCGAACCCACCAGGGGCUCGGCAGCGCCGAGCAUGGUGCCUUCGGGGGCUCCUAAAGCCACAGUGAGACCAGAAACGGAUUCGGCGGCGUCCACAUCCUCAGAUGAGCGGCGCCACCCGAGAAACUGGAGCGGGCACUCGCCAGGGCCGUCGAAGGCUUCCAGCUCACGCCCUUGCAGUCACAGCAGCGAGUCCUCUGUUGGCUCAGACAACACGGCGUCUCCAGUUCCUCUUCUUUCACAGACUGAAAGCCAAAAAGAUGGUUCCCCGGCUCCGAGUGACGUCACCCAGAACGGUCAGGGGGUGGAGGCCUGGUACGGCUCUGAUGAAUACCUGGCGUUGCCAUCUCACCUGAAACAGACAGAGGUGUUGGCUCUGAAGCUGGAAAAUCUCACCAAGCUUUUGCCUCCGAAACCCAGAGGGGAGACCAUCCAGAACAUCGACGACUGGGAACUGUCCGAAAUGAAUUCCGAUUCGGAAAUCUAUCCAACAUACCACAGCCAGAAAAAACACACACGGCUAGGCCGGGUGUCCCCAAGCUCAUCCAGUGAUAUAGCGUCUUCUCUCGGGGAGAGCAUUGAAUCUGGGCCCCUGAGUGACAUCCUUUCCGACGAGGACUUAUGUGCGCCCCUCUCUGGCUUGAGAAAGUACGCCGAUGAGAAAUCAGAGAGGCCCUCGUCCUCUGAGAAGAAUGAGAGCCAUUCUGCUACAAAAUCAGCUUUAAUCCAGAAACUAAUGCAAGAUAUUCAACACCAAGACAACUAUGAAGCCAUAUGGGAAAGAAUAGAGGGCUUUGUGAACAAGCUGGAUGAAUUCAUUCAGUGGCUGAACGAAGCCACGGAGACCACCGAGAACUGGACUCCUCCGAAGGCGGAGACGGAUAGCCUUCGGCUCUACCUGGAGACCCACUUGAGUUUUAAGUUGAACGUGGACAGUCACUGUGCUCUCAAGGAAGCCGUGGAGGAAGAAGGACAUCAACUCCUGGAGCUCAUUGCAUCUCACAAAGCAGGACUGAAGGACAUGCUGAAGAUGAUUGCCAGUCAAUGGAAGGAGCUGCAGAGGCAAAUCAAACGGCAACACAGCUGGAUUCUCAGAGCUCUGGACACCAUCAAAGCAGAGAUACUGGCUACUGAUGUGUCUGUGGAGGACGAGGAGGGGACGGGAAGCCCCAAGGCUGAGGUUCGGCUCUGCUACCUGGAAGCGCAGAGGGAUGCUGUGGAGCAGAUGUCUCUCAAGCUGUACAGCGAGCAGUAUACCAGCAGUAGCAAGAGGAAAGAGGAGUUCGCUGACAUGUCCAAAGUGCAGUCCGUGGGAAGCAACGGGCUUCUGGACUUUGAUUCAGAAUAUCAGGAGCUCUGGGAUUGGCUGAUUGACAUGGAGUCCCUCGUGAUGGACAGCCAUGACCUGAUGAUGUCAGAGGAGCAGCAGCAGCAUCUCUACAAGCGAUACAGUGUGGAAAUGUCCAUCAGGCACCUGAAAAAGACAGAGCUGCUUAGCAAGGUUGAAGCUCUGAGGAAAGGUGGCGUCUCUCUACCAAAUGAUCUCCUGGAAAAAGUGGAUUCAAUUAAUGAAAAAUGGGAACUGCUUGGGAAAACCCUAAGAGAGAAGAUCCAGGACACAAUGGCAGGCCACAGCUCAGGCCCCCGUGACCUGCUGUCUCCUGAAAGUGGAAGCCUGGUCAGGCAGCUGGAGGUCAGGAUCAAGGAACUGAAGAGAUGGCUCAGGGACACAGAGCUUCUCAUCUUCAAUUCCUGUCUGAGACAAGAGAAGGAAGGAACCCAUGCCGAGAAACAUCUCCAGUACUUUAAGUCCCUCUGUCAUGAGAUCAAGCAGCGUCGCAGAGGGGUGGCCUCCAUUUUGCGGUUGUGCCAGCAUCUUCUGGAUGACCGGGACACCUGCAAUCUCAAUGCGGACCACCAGCCCAUGCAGCUGAUCAUUGUAAACCUCGAAAGAAGGUGGGAAGCCAUUGUCAUGCAAGCCGUCCAGUGGCAAACACGGCUGCAGAGGAAGAUGGGCAAAGAAUCCGAGACUUUGAAUGUGAUCGAUCCUGGCUUGAUGGACCUGAAUGGAAUGAGUGAAGAUGCCUUAGAAUGGGAUGAAACAGAUAUAAGUAAUAAGCUAAUUAGUCUGCACGAAGAAUCAAAUGACCUUGAUCAAGACCCAGAGCCUAUUAUACCCUCCCUGAAGCUUGAAGAGACACACCACCAGGACCCUGGUUAUGAGGAUGAGGCAGGUGACUGUGGGGGGUCCCAGUAUACCUCAAACAUCACCGCACCUUCCAGCCCACACAUUUAUCAAGUGUACAGUCUUCACAACGUUGCGCUCCACAAGGACGGUCAUACUCCGUUUCUGAAUAGCAGCCCAAAGCUUACAGGCACGGCACAGCCUGGCAUUUUAACUAAGAGCCUCAGUAAAGAUUCUUCAUUUUCAUCCACAAAAUCCUUGCCAGAUCUUUUAGGGGGCUCCAGUUUGGGGAGGUCUUGCCCGUGUCACAGUGGAGACGUGAGCCAGAAUUCAGGCAGCGAGAGUGGAAUUGUCAGUGAAGGAGACAAUGAAAUGCCUACCAGCUCUGAAAUGUGUUUGUUUGGUAUGGUAGAUGGGUCCCCAAGUAACCCUGAAACUGAACAUCUGGACCCACAAAUGGGAGAUGCAGUCAACGUGUUAAAGCAAAAAUUUAAAGAUGAGGAGGAAUGCAUUACGCUUCCAAAUAUCUCUCAGUCAUCCAUCUCACCAGUGGGUUGUGUAAAUGGAAAAGCUGGAGAUUUAAACAGUGUUACCAAACACACCACUGAUUGUUUAGGAGAAGAAUUACAAGGAAAACAUGAUGUGUUUACAUUUUAUGAUUACUCAUACCUCCAAGGCUCAAAACUCAAAUUACCAAUGAUAAUGAAACAGUCACAAAGUGAAAAGGCACAUGUGGAGGACCCUCUUCUCGGUGGUUUUUAUUUUGAUAAAAAAUCCUGCAAACCUAAACAUCAGGCUUCGGAGUUACAACCAGAUGCGCCUCCCCAUGAAAGGAUGUUGGCAAGGGCACCCCACGAAAUGGGUCGCAGCUCUUAUAAAAGCAGUGAAAAAGAGAAGACAUUCACAGGCAUUCAGAAUGCCAGACAGCUCUCCCUUCUAUCUCGCAGCUCAUCUACAGAGUCCCUUCCUCCAGGGGGUGAUUUGUUUGGGUUAGGUAUCUUUAAAAAUGGCAGUGACAGUCUCCAGCGAAGCACUUCUUUAGAAAGUUGGCUGACAUCCUAUAAGAGCAAUGAAGAUCUUUUUAGCUGUCACAGCUCUGGGGACAUAAGCGUGAGCAGUGGCUCCGUUGGUGAGCUGAGUAAGAGGACAUUAGACCUCCUGAAUCGCCUGGAGAAUAUCCAGAGCCCCUCGGAGCAAAAGAUAAAGCGAAGCAUUUCUGAUCUCACUCUCCAAAGCAGUUCCCAAAAGAUGCCCUUUGCUGGCCAGAUGUCGUUGGAUGUCGCGUCUUCUGUCAAUGAAGAUUCACCAGCAUCUCUGACAGAACUGAGCAGCAGUGAUGAGCUUUCUCUCUGUUCAGAAGAUAUCGCAUUACACAAACGCAAGGUCCCAGAAUCAAAUGCCUCAUUCCGGAAGCGCCUGAACCGCUCUGUGGCUGACGAGAGUGACGUCAACGUUAGCAUGAUCGUGAAUGUCUCGUGCACCUCUGCUUGCACAGACGAUGAGGACGACAGUGACCUUCUCUCCAGCUCCACUCUCACCCUGACUGAAGAAGAGCCGCGCCUCAGAGAUGAGGACGAUGAUUCCAGCAUUGCAACAGAUGAGGAAAUCUACGAAGAAAGCCAUCUGAUGUCCGGGCUGGACUACAUAAAGAAUGAACUGCAGACUUGGAUAAGACCGAAAUUUUCCUGGACAAGAGAAAGGAAGCGGUGCAAUGUCACUGAUGAAAUGAAAGGUAAUGAAGGCGGAGGCCAGAGUGAGAAGAUCAACUCCUCAGACACCCUAAACAUCGAUGCCCUUCUAAAUGGCUCCAUAAAAUGUCUCUCUGAAAACAAUGGAAAUGGGAAGAAUUCACCCAGAACCCAUGACUUAGGAACAGAAGGUGAAAACAAGAAAAAUAUUUAUGAAGUUAGUAAAGAUCCACGGGUGGCUGACAUGGAAAAUGGCAAUAUUGAAAGUACUCCAGAAAGACAAAAGGAGAAGCCCAAUGGAAUUUCAGAGGCAUCAGAGAACCUUGGUUUAAAUGCAGAAAAGAGUUCUGAAUCCAAGCACAGUGAGUGUAAAGCAUUGACAGACAGUUUAGAUGGUUCAAAUGUUGCUGGAAAGGAACCUGGUCCCCCAGAUGAUAGACGUCUUCCACAGAUAGGUCCAAACCUCCACCAUUCUGAAAAUCAAAGUGGCCCCCGCACGCCCGUUGAGAACACUUGCCCAGAACUGCUGCUGGAAACCAGAGUUGAAAGCAGACAAGACAGCGAUGGACUAAAAACUUCAUCUGACGAUGCACCAGGUGGGGCUAGAAAACCUGCUGGUUGCUGCCUCCUCGAACCAAAUGAGACGGAGGAAAGUGCUUCUCUCAGCAACAGCACUUCCUGUUGCAACUGCCAGCCAGAUGUUUCCCAUCAAAAGGAUGCUGAAGAUGGUUCAGUACAUGACUUUGUGAAGGAAAUCAUUGACAUGGCAUCAACGGCCCUCAAAAGUAAAUCCCAACCUGAAAGUGAGGUGGCUGCUCCCACUUCGUUAACUCAAAUCAAGGAGAAAGUCCUAGAACAUUCUCAUCGGCCCAUGCACCUGAGAAAGGGGGACUUUUAUUCCUACUUAUCGCUGUCAUCCCAUGACAGCGACUGUGGGGAGGUCACCAGUUACGUAGAUGAGAAGAGCAGCACCCCGUUGCCACCAGACACCGUGGACUUUAGCUUAGAUGACAAGGAAGACAUCGAAUGCUUCUUUGAAGCUUGUGUUGAGGAUGAACUUGUUGAUGAGAAAGCCUGUGUCUCUAGUGCCCUUCCAACCGAAUCGGCAGUUCUGGAUGGAGCUGCUAUGCCAGUACAAGGCACAGCAAGCUCUCCUGUGCUCAACGAGGUUGCUUUCUCACGCGCUGAGACAGAUAGGGUGCCUCCUUCAGGACCUUCCCCUCAGAAAGGAGCUGACAAUGGAAAGGAGGUAGAUGGUGCAUCCCAAGCGUCCCAGGGCUGUGCAGAAAGCUCAGACCUCACCGCUCCUUCAGGACAGGCCAGUAAAGAUGGAAGUUCAAGAAACCAAGGUGAAUCAGGAAUGCCAGAAGAAAAUAACACUACUUCAGCCAAAUCGAAAAGUCCAGCUCUCCCAUUAAAUGCAAAACAGCCAAAAGCCAAGGCAAUGCUCUAUCCCACCCCGCAAACUUUAACCUGUAAAGAAAAGCUUGUAAGCUUUCAUGAAGAUCGACAUAGAAACAUGCGUAGGUAGAAUGUAAUGCCCCCAAGCAUGGAAAUCAUCUCAUUGAAAGAUAGCCUGGCUGCAGCUCAGGGCUGGCCUGAUCCACACUGGGCUGGUCUUGGGUCCCAUCACUGCCGCCUGUCACACUGACUUUCUGAAGAUGAACCUUCCCUCUGAACGCGGUCUGUCCACGUGGGCCUUGUGAUCUGGAUGUGUGCAUUGCUUCUCUUUAGGUGAUCUCUUAUUUCCACAAAGCUGCUUGCUCUCCCAUGGAUCCCUGUCCCAAGCUACCUCUGCCAGCCCUCUCUCUCCAGCAAGACUUCGUUUGCCUCUCCCGUCCUGCCUCCUCCUUAACGCUCUGUAGUUCACCAAAUCAAUGGUCCAUUAAACCCACUGGAAUGAUACCCCUCCCUGCCAGUACUUGACCAAUUAAUUGUAUGUUUUGCUCUGAAAUUUUUUCAUGGUAUUAUACCUAUGUUUCUUGAAAGAGAUCUACCUAAAAAGCCAACCCUUGAUUGGAUUGUAGUAUAGAGGAGACAUAUUGGUCCUUAGUACAAAAUUAAGUGACAUUUAAAAGCGCCAUUUUCGUUAUUUCUUUUUAAUAAUAAUCUAUGCAGCACUUCAAGAAACAACUAUAACAGUGUUGUAUAUUGUAAACUGGUACAUUCUACUAUUAAGUUUGUUUUUGGUUUCUAUGCUUCUUGAGGUGGUAAUGCGAAAAACGUUUUUUUAAAACAGUGUGCCUUGCUGUAUUUCUUAUACCAUUAAUUAAAAAGCUGCUUUCAUGGUAAUAGUAUGUUGGUUUGAGAGGAGGAAAUAGCAAGGUUAAGAUGUGUGAAUAAUUUCUGUAUAUAUGUAUAAGCUAGUACACACGUUGAUGUAUGACAGUAUAAAAUGCUUUCAUGUUUGUGAUGUCAGUGAUGUGGAGAAUAUAAGCCUUAAACCCGUUUGAUUGCAUGAUAAUUAAAAUUGGCAUAAUAAAAUAGCUUAUGGGGGGAAGGAAAAUUGACGAUCUCUUCUACCUGUGUUCUUUACCAAAUUCUUGCAUCUGGUUCUGAAAAAAAAAUAACAUGUAUCAGCUUCCCAAAUAUCCAUAUUGCACAAAAGGCUUAAGUUGCUUAAACUACAGACUAGGCCUGUAGCCUUCAUAGCUUUCAGAGUCUUUCUGCUCACUGUAAGUAAACAUCCUGAAAUAGCAGGUGUUUAAAGGCCAUUUCCCCUACAUCAAAACCACUUUAUACUACAUGCUUUUAUUUAUACUUGUUAAUGAUUUAAAGUUGUGUUUGGAGAUCUCCUACAUGUCCUAAUUUAUUUUAAAUAAUUAUUUGAAUGGGUUUGGUGGAUGGUAAAAAGUAUAGAAAAAUGAGUAUUAUUUUAUUUAAACUGUAGAUUUCAGGUGUAUUUAUUUUGUUAAGAAAGUCAGCAGAGAAAUAUUCCAUUUGGUGUUUUGGGGGGGGGCUUGAAAAAUGCAGCUUUUAGUUUAUAGCAUCACUCCUACUAAAGUGCCUGACACAGUAGGUAUUCCACAGAAUCUGCUGAAUCAGAGUAUUGAGUGGGGUAACAUGGAAUAUAUGUAUAAAAUCUUUAUUCUGAGAUUCCUGCAUUAAAACAUAUGACAAAAAAAAGAUAUGCAAAGUGAAGCCACACACAGUAUAUAAUUAGAUUUCAAAAAGAGAACAUGACAGAAGUUUGUAGCCACAGAAAUGACAAUCAUUCAUUCACCAGAUCACUCAUUAGCAUCUUUUGUCUGCAAGUCACUAUUCUAGAUUCAGGGAAUGCAGCUAUGAACGAUGGAACGAUAGGCUGCCUUUGGAGGCUGACCUGUGUUAGGGACAAAAUGGCUGCCCACACAGAAGACAUGCCAUGGUGCCCUACAGGUGAGGGAGAAUGCAAGUGUAGGGAAAGACUCACAGUGAGAGAGACCACAGCAAGGGAAAGGGGCAAAGAGAAAGGUAGGAGAGAGUAGAGGGCAGAGUGCCAGCAGGGGUUCCCUACGGAGUGAUAGGGAAAAGGCCGAACGGAGAGGACUGAAAGGUGUUUACAGAGUUGAGUUGGAGCUUUGAGUACAGUGUACUAGGUGUACUUGUAGUUUAUUUGGGGCUUUAUUUUAUUGUAUGAUUGGAACUUUACUAGCACCAUCCCAGGAAUACUUAAAUAUCACUUGUCUGUAAUUUCACCGCCUUAAUAAUUUUGUGUGGGUUUUGCCCCUUCUAACCUUUCCUGCACAUAUUUUUUAAAUGGAUGGUUCGUUCUAGGCUUUUGAAUAUGUAGUGACUUCUUCCGGAGGAGUCUUUGGGAGACAUCUAGUUAUAGUGUUGAUGAGGAUUGUGAGGGGAAGACGUUAGACAUAAGCGUAUGGUAGAGGGGGAAGUGCGGGAAAAUUAGCUAGACUCAAGGCAGUCAUAGAAUGCGCAGGGAUAGUAGCCUGAGGUACAGAGAAAGACAAACCCUAGAGACGUGGACAUAUUUGGACAUCUUUGGACCUGUUUUAGGAUAUGGCAUUAUUUUAUAUAUGGAGACAACCUGAAUUUCUCUUGGUCAGUAAUUAAUAUCAAGUCUGUGUUCAUUGGGUAGACAUUCAAAGAAAUAAUGGGCCAUAGUGUACUGUUGGCCUCCUAUGUACUCAUGAAGACUUAGGAUUUGAAAAUAUUUAUUAGUUAUCUACCUAACUUUAACACCAAACUUUUAGGUUGAUUUUUGGGUUCAUCAAUGCCUUUUCCAGUCAGAGGGAUGGAGGCGCCUCAGUUUCUCAUCCUGUGUAGACGCUACCUUCCCAGUUACCCUCAAAAACAGCCCAUUUGGUGUGUAUUAACUCAAACAACUCUAUCUACACAUGUCCCAUGACAAUGGCUUGUUAUUUGGUAAAGCAAAGUGUCCCUCUGCUGGGCAUGUGUUUCUGUUAGAAUGUGCUUCCUUAGGUUGCUAAUGUCUACAGGGUGCCCCUCCCCCACUCUGAGUUUUGCUCAUUGGUCCUGUGUCUCCUGCAGAGCCAGCAGCCCAGAGGACUCCUUCUGUCCCAUGGUCACCCUGCAGGUAAUUGAGGACAGUUCCUCUCUCUCCUAAGCACUGUUCCUCCAACUGCCCUUAAUAUGUCCUGAUUUCAGAUCCAUUUCAACCCAACUGAAUGUUAACAGACGGAACCCUUGAAGUCAAGGGACUGUCUUCAUCAUACAUGUAGAGAAGCGUCUGGACAUUUAAGUGCUGAGUUUUCUCUAAAGUAUAUUCAAGAUAUAUGUUUAUUCUAUUAUUGUAAAUUUCAAUAAAUAAACAAAUAAACAAGUGAAUCAAAUAAGGAUUCCUGACUUCCUUCAGUGGUCCAGCCUAGUGCUGGAGUCAUCCUGAGUCUUUUCUUUAUACUGGAAUCGAACCUGACAUCUUCAUGGACAACAGAUUUGACCUUCCAUCCCUUUGCUCACUUAUCUGUUCCAGCAUUCAAACAUUCCUUGAGUAGUCACUGGUGUGAGGCGUUGUGACCUCAGACAUCCAAAGGUAACCCAACAUGCUCUGUGUCUCCAACAGGUUACAGGUUUCCCUCUGCUCAUACCCUUGAAUACAACAAUUAUGAUUCUUCUCCAAAUGAAUUUUCCCCAGACCCACUUAUUUGCCUUGUAUCUAGUCUCUCUACAUUUUCAAAACUCAGAUGAACAAAUUGAUACGUCAUAUGGUCUGCUGGAUUGAACCAUGAGAAGUGAAUCUCUGGAAAAGCCAAGUGGUAGAAGAAUAAUGUCCGCAUACUUAUUAUUCAGUUACAAUUACUGUUAAUAUUUGAUAUAUCUUUCUCUCCCUCUCCACAUCACACCGCACACAAGCACACACACACACACACACACACACACACACA